CCGAAGAAUACAAAUCAAUUGGAGAGGGUAUAUUUUUCCAUGUCUCAUCAAAUACGGAAGCAUUAUUGACUUUGCAGCCGACAUCGUAAAUUUGCCUAGGUCUGCGAUUUUGAGAAGCGAAAUGAAAAGCUGUCUGAUAGAAAUUAUAUUCGUAUUUGUCGUUUUGCAUUUGGAUGAGGGUGUGGACAGUGCUGCUGGCAGGACGACGGCAGAUCGCAUAUUGAGCCAUGGUUAUUAUAGUGAGAGUCACAGUGUUACGACUUCAGAUGGUUUUACCCUGCAAUUGUUUCGCAUUAAAAAAUCCCGUCGCAGUGAUAAUGGCCCUCAACGUCCUGCGGUCCUCUUGAUGCAUGGUUUCACCGGUUCAUCGGAUUGUUGGGUUUUCAUGGGUCCGGAAAUUGCUCUAUCAUAUGAGCUGGUGGAACGAGGUUAUGAUGUAUGGCUAGGAAAUAGCCGUGGUAAUCCAUAUGGUAUGCGCCACUCCAGCAUGUCACCGAAAGAGAAAAAAUAUUGGCGUUUUUCUUGGCAUGAAAUUGGCACGAUUGAUUUGCCCACCAUGAUGGAUUAUAUUCUAAGGGAAACUGGUCAUUCCGCCCUGCACUAUGUGGGUCAUUCUCAGGGUACGACCAUUAUGUUUGUGUUGCUUUCCAGUCGGCCGGAAUAUAAUCAUAAAUUAAAAACGGCCCACAUGUUGGCACCCAUUGCCUAUAUGAAAAAUGUUCGAUCGGAAUUGUUGCUUGAUAUGGUACCCCUAUUGGGUACAUAUGGGCCAUUGACUGCCGCUUUGGGAGAUGAACCGUUUAUGCAACAAAAAUUCUUACAGCAAAUGUUGGGCUUUGAAAAAUGUCGCAAUCCCGAUGCGGAUAUGAAAAUGUGUACCUAUAUUUUAUUUUCGAUCUAUGGUGGUGCCUCGGGCUAUUUUAAUGAGUCCAUAAUACCGGAAUUUUUUGCCACCCAUCCGGCCAGCUGUUCCACCCAUCAGGCCAUACAUUUUGUCCAGCUGCAUGUGUCGGGUCAUUUUCGUCAAUAUGAUUUCGGGCCGAAGGGAAAUCAAAAACGUUACAAUCGCUCCACGCCGCCUGACUAUGAGGUGUCGAAUAUCCAACCCCGCUUCCCCCUGCAUUUCUACUACAGCAACUUCGAUGAGUUGUCAUCCAAGAAGGAUGUGGAAAAAUUAAGUGAACUUUUGGGUAAUAAUAGCAUCAAUCAUUUCAUUGAUUUGAAGCGUUUUGUCCAUUUGGAUUUCCUGGCGGCCACGAAUGUCAAGGAGGUUAUUAACCGAGGCGUCAUCGAGAGAAUGGAUGAAGUCGAAUUGGCGCUGAAAGGGAGAAAUGAUGACAGCUGGCUGGUUGUUAUUGUGAAUUACAACAAGUUCGAAUGAAACACAAUUAGAAGC